CUGUGGUGAUCAUUGUCAGCCAGGGGAGGAUACAGCAGGGUACAGCAGAAGCAGUGGUGAAUGUCCCGAGGGCGUCGCAGGUUGGAACUCAAAGUGGACUGCGCGUGCGGUGGCUGGGUGUAGUCGAAGCCCAAACACCUAGCGCGCGCCACACUCGAGAGAAGGACGUUUUCAUGGAGUGCGAGUCAGAUUUUUAGGAUAAGAUCGAGAGAACCUUUUCACUCUUACUGUGCGUGCAAACGCCGACUGAGCCGAGGAAGAAAAAGCAUAAAUAUGGCUUCUAGCAUACUGCACUUGGGCUUCUUUGCAAUUUACAUGAUUCAAACGGGCUUUGGAUUCAACAUUGACGUCCGUUUCCCGGUAAUGAAAGAGGGAAAGACCAAGGGGAGCUUCUUUGGAUUUUCUGUUGCGCAGCACAGACAGACUGAAAAGACAAAAAAGUACCUUCUCCUGGCUGGGGCUCCCAAAGAGAAGGCCCUCUCUCAGUUCAGAGUAAACGAGACCGGAGCCAUCUACUCCUGUCCCAUCACCACCCAGCUGGAUGACUGCACCAGAGUGGACUUCAUCACUUCAAUGGACUCAUUUGAGAUGAUCGAGGACAUGUGGCUGGGGGUGACUGUAGCCAGCCAGAGACUGCGUGGUGGGCGGGUGCUGGCAUGUGGUCACCGCUACGUAAAAAUAGUGCGUGGGGGAACGGAGGAGCAGCGGCGAAUGGUGGGCAAGUGCUUCGUGCGGGGCAACGACCUGACCUACAACCAGGAUGAUGACUGGCAGACACACACCUACGAGGUAUGCAACCCCAACUUCGACAUGGAGCUGGAAGGCAUGUGCAACAUGGGCAUUUCCGCUGGCAUUACGGACACGGAUGUCUACAUCGGCUGCACCGGCAGCUUUGAGUGGCAGGGUAAUGUCCAUGUAACGUGGAGAGACACCACCCCAGGGAACUCCUGGGAUUACACUGAAUCAGCUUUUCGUCCUCAGGGCAGGCGGAACAGUUACAUGGGAUAUUCUGUGACUGAAGACAGAAAGCUGUUGAGCAAGGAAAACUACACAGUGGUUACUGGGGCUCCCAGAGACGAGUCCAGAGGGUCUGUUACCCUAGCAACAAAAGGACAGUCCAUCCUCAAAGCUAUCAUUACAAUCCAAGGGGAGCAAGUGGGAUCUUACUUUGGCAGCAGUAUAGCUGUGGCAGAUCUCAACAACGACGACUGGAAUGACCUGCUUGUCGGUGCGCCAUUCUACUUCGACCGCUACAAGGAGCACGAAGGAGCAGUGUACAUCUUCAUGAAUGAAAACGGAUCUUUCCAGAAUAAAGCUAACAUGGUCCUGAAGGGUGUUAAGGGUUCGGCGUUUGGGUUUGCUGUGGCAGCCGUGGGAGAUGUCAAUCAGGAUGGAUUCCAAGAUUUUGCAGUGGGAGCUCCUUUUCAUGAUUCUGGCAGGGUCUACAUUUGGAUGGGGAGCCAGAAAGGAAUAACAGUAGAUCCCAGUCAGGUGAUUGAAGGGCGUUCAGUGGGCUCUGGUAAGUUCAGCACCUUUGGCUACUCUAUCAGCGGUGGCAUGGACAUGGAUGGAAACCAAUACCCCGAUAUCUUAGUGGGCUCUCUCGAUGACUGCAUAGCCCUUCUAAGGGCUCGUCCUGUCAUCCAUUUAUCCCAAAAUUUCACAGUAGAGCCAAAGAUUGUUGAUCCCAGCCAGUGCAAAAAUCCUUGUGUGACGGUGAAGAUCUGCUUCGGUUACACGCUGAGCAGUGGAAAGCGUGGCUUCAAGAACAGCAUCACUGUGAACUACACCAUAGAGGCGGAUCGUGGCAGACGGAGUGCCAGGGUGCAGUUCCCCGGCAGUAAGCUGAGCACGUUCACUGGCCUCAUGUCCUUCUCCUCUCCAGCCUGCCAGGAGCUUGGGCUCACCGUGAGCGAGCAGCUGAGGAACAAGCUGGAGCCCAUUGUGUUUCUCUUGAACGUCUCGCUCCAUGAGCAGGAACCCUCCAGCCCACAGACCCUGCAGAACCUGGAUGCGUUCCCCGUGCUGAGCGCCCAGCAAAGGCUGACGGAGAAAGCUGAGAUCAACUUCCAGAAGGAAUGCGGUUCUGAUAACAAAUGCAGCAGUAACCUACAGCUGAAGGCCCAGUUUGUGAAUGAACAGCAAACCCCUUUCCCCAGCAGCCAGGGUGGAGGUCAGACCAUGGAAUACAACACCAACAUAAAGAAGCUUUUGUUGAUGGUGGAGGUGACUAAUCUGCCUGAACAUGGCAGGGAGGCCGAAGAUGCCCAUCAGGCCAUGCUCAACAUCACCAUUCCCACAGCACUCAAGUACUCUGGCUGGCGCUCCCAGGACAUUGUUUGUAGCGCUCACACGACAAUUAAUUGUGAUCUGGGAAACCCAUUUAAGAGCAACAAAAGGGUGUCCUUCCUGAUUAUAUUUGAGACAUUUAUUACACUCUACACUGAACAAAUUGAGUUGCAGGUCCAGCUGUCUACUCUGAGUGAACAGAGUGAUCUGUAUCCUGUCCCGGUUGUCCUCACUGUGGAAAACAAAGUUCUCACCUCCUUCUCCAUAGAUAUGAGAAAGGUGACGACUUCGUUCAGUGGCAGAGUUGUAGGGGAGUCAGGCAUGCGCACCACUGGUGAUGUGGGUAGUCUAGUGGAGUUUGCCUUUCAGGUGAGUGUGGAGGGUGAACCACUGGGUGAGCUUGGCACACUGGUGGUGGACUUCGAGUGGCCAUACGAGGUGAUGAACGGUAAAUGGCUGUUGUAUCUAACAGAGAUCUUAACCAGCGGCACGUCCAGGUCACACUGCACUCCCCCUGGGGGAGUCGUCAACACACUCAAUCUCACCAUAUCAGCCAGGGCUCCCAAACGGCAGAGACGAGACUCCAACAUCAAUCUGCCACAAACAGAAGCUGCAAUAAACAUCUUCACUCCUCGCAAAGAGACCUACCUGCUGGAGUGCUCAAAGCGAACAGCGCGCUGCAUGAUCUUCUCCUGCCCUCUGAGCAACAUGUCCACCAGGGCCACGGUCACUGUCAGGGCACGGGUGUGGAACAGCACCAUGCUGGAGGACUACUUCAAUGCGUUUCAAGUUAUCGUGAAGGGCCGCACCACACUGAGGUUGGUCACAGAUAAACCUGCCAUCAAGAUGGACAGCAGCAGCCAAGAGUUUGUGGUCGAAAUUGAUCCUGAUCUUAGAGAAGAAACUCCAUAUGAUGCCCCUCUCUGGAUCUACAUGGUUGCAGGUGUAGCGGGAAUUCUCUUAUUAGGGCUCAUCAGUCUCAUAUUGUGGAAGUGCGGUUUCUUUAAGCGGGCCAGUCGAAGGGAGAUGUACGAGGCCAAGGCCCAAAAAGCUGAGAUGAAGAUACAGCCAUCCGAGACCGAGAGGUUAACUGAGGACUACUGAGAGCAUGGGAGGGGGCCUUCUGUCAGCCCUCUCCCAGUGCCCGCUGUUGGUGCCCAUCGUGUGGAUUCUUUAAGAGGGCUGUCUACUACAAGGUAAUGACUAAGUACCAUGGAGUGAAAAUCUGUGAAGAGGAGAGGUAUGCGCUUAGCUGGGCAGUCCAGCCCGAGCACAACCUCAGCAAAAAACUCUGGGUCACGAACUGGAGAGAAAUGCAUUAAUAUUACUACUGAAAUGUCUGAUCAGCCACCAACUCAGUAGACAAAUUUCCACUGGGGGUCUUAUUACCUCCGGCCUUAAAGGAAACAGACGUUACACAUUGGCUGCUCAGGGCAUUGCUUACACUACACGAGUCAACAAGAAGUGGGUCAUGAGUGAAUUUAUUCUGAGCUACGCUGCAGUCUAGUGCAAUAUUCUGUCACGUGUUGCACCUCUAUGAA